UGGCUGGAGCGAGGCGUCGGGGCCGACGGGACGGACGGGGGGCGGCCUCGCGGCCCUCGCCGGCGCGAGAGGGGCCGUCACGUGAUGUUUGGGUGCCGGCUCCGCCCCCUGUUCCGCCCCUCCCGCCGAGAGCGCACGGAGCGCGCCCGAGAGCCACCGAGGCCCAGCUCUGCAGAAAGGCGGUGGCCCUGCCUUCUGUGAGAAGAUGUCCUACGGAUCCAUCGCUGGCAGCGGCGGCCUGGGGAGCCGCGGCCCUUCUGGGGGGCCCUCCACACAGGGCUAUCAGCCCCUAGAGUGCGCUAAAUGUUGGACUGAGUACGGAAUCCGUCAUUUCCCCUGCCCGUCGCCAGAGAGCAGCCUGCAGGACCCCUGUGUGGGCAAGGACGGGGAAGGUGAUCUGGGGCCGGCCGGUACGCCCAGAGGCCCGAGGGCCAGGAAGCGAGGGCCAGGGGUCACCACAGACGGCAGCGGGACACCGGAGCACGCCUCACCGCCUGCCGGCCUGAGGAAGGACUUGGCUGCAAGGGCCCGUGGUCGGGUGGCGGGGCCCAGAGCCUCCCGGGCCAAGAAGAGGAAGCCCAACUUCUGUCCGCAGGAGACGGAGGUGCUGGUGGCCAAGGUCAGCAAGCACCACCAGCUGCUGUUCGGCACCGGGCUGCCGAGGGCCGAGCCCACCCGGAGGUACCGCGUGUGGAGCCGCAUCCUGCAGGCCGUGAACGCGCUGGGCUACUGCCGCCGCGAUAUCGUGGACCUCAAGCACAAGUGGCGGGACCUGCGUGCCGUCGUGCGGCGCAAGCUGGGCGACCUGCGUGGAGUGGCCCCGGGCCCCGGCCCCGCCAAGCCCCAGGCCCUGGCCCUCACGCCCGUGGAGCAGGUCGUGGCCAAGACCUUCUCCUGCCAGGCCCUGCCCGCGGAGGGCCUCGGCCCCGAGCUGCCCAGAGCGUCCAGAAGAGGCCUUGGCUCGGGCUGGGCUGGCCCUGCAGCUUCAGGAUGGGCAGCCACCCAGAUGGACCUGAGUGACCUCCAGGAACUGUUCCAGGAGACGUCGGCCAGCGUCUUCCGAAUCAACUCCAAUGUGGCCUUCUUGGAGCAGAGCCUCCGCUCCCUGGGGACGCCAAGCGGCACGCAGGAGCUGCGGGACGGCCUGCACACGGUGCAGCAGCAGACCAACCACGCGAUCGCAGCCAGCACCAGUGCCCUGAAGCAGAUGGCUGAGCUCCUGCGGGGCUGCUCCCGGCAGGAGCGUCUUCAGCUGGACCGUCUGAAAACUCAGCUUUCAGACGCCAUCCAGAGCUAUGGAGUGGUGCAAAAGAAAAUUGCAGAAAAGUCCAGAGCACUGCUUCCCACAGCACAGAGGGUUGGCAAGCAGCAGAGUCCGCAGGCCCCAUUUGCCGAGCUGUCCGAGGACGAGAAGAUCUUUAACGGGGGUGAUGGCAUGUGGCAGGCCCAGGGGCAGGCGCUGCUUCCGGAGAUCACCGAGGAGGACCUGGAGGCCAUCCGGCUGCGUGAGGAGGCCAUCCUGCAGAUCGAGAGUGACCUAUUGGAUGUGAACCAGAUCAUCAAGGACUUGGCCUCCAUGGUGUCAGAGCAAGGAGAGGCCAUCGAUAGUAUUGAAGCCGGCCUUGAGGCUGCGUCCUCGCACGCAGAGGCGGCCAGUGAGCUCCUGGCUGGAGCCAGCCGGCACCAACCGACGAGGACGAGGCCCCCGGCUGCCAGUGGCUACCCCUGCGGACGCUGGAUGGGCCGAGCCUGCCCGAAGCCGACCCCCGGGACCCCCGAGGAGCCCUCCCUGCGUCCCCGUCCUCACCCUCCCCGCCCGCCUCCCCGGCCUCGGCACCCCCCGCGGCCACAUUCCCCGGGGCCUCCCGGCCCUCGCCGCCCUCCUCGGCGGCACCCCAGCCCUCCGGGAAGCCCGCAGGGGCUGAGGCCUCGGACUUGGAACGGCGGCUGCUGGACUCGCAGCGGCAGCAGGGCGCCCUGCUCAGCUCCUGGUCCCGGCAGCAGAGUGCGCUGAUGGCCCAGCAGAACCUGCUGCUGCAGCGGCUGGCCGACGGCGUCGAGGCCCUCAACCGGACCCUGGAGAGGCUGGUGGAGGCCCUCCCGACCCGGGGCGCCUCGCCCGCGGUCCCGGAUGGCUCC